UUUUUCAUCCUGCAGACGCUUGGAAAAUAAAUAAAGUGGUCAAGUUUUUUUAUUAUUUAUAGUAGAUCUAUAAUUUUUCUAGUUUGAAUAAUGCCCGAUCAUUUAGGUUCAGAUCAGAGAAAAGUCAAAGAUGAUAAUAAAGAGGAUAAACCGAUACAAGCUCUUGAUGAGGGAGACAUUGCCUUACUGAAGACUUAUGGUGUUGGGCAGUACAGUAAAUCUAUCAAACAAGUGGAAGAGGACAUCCAGAACUGUCUCAAAAAAGUCAAUGAACUUGCUGGUAUAAAAGAAUCUGAUACAGGGUUGGGACCACCUGCGUUAUGGGACUUAGCUGCAGACAAACAGACCCUUCAGAGUGAGCAGCCAUUACAGGUAGCUAGAUGUACCAAGAUCAUCAAUGCUGAUUCCGACGAUCCAAAAUAUAUCAUCAAUGUUAAACAGUUUGCAAAGUUUGUUGUCGACUUGGGGGACCAGGUGGCUCCAACAGACAUUGAAGAAGGGAUGAGAGUUGGUGUUGACCGAAACAAGUAUCAGAUCCACAUCCCCCUGCCACCAAAGAUAGAUCCCUCCGUCACAAUGAUGCAGGUUGAGGAGAAACCUGAUGUAACUUACAGUGAUGUUGGCGGUUGUAAGGAACAAAUUGAAAAACUGAGAGAAGUAGUAGAAACACCAUUGUUGCAUCCAGAAAAGUUUGUGAAUCUCGGUAUUGAGCCACCUAAGGGCGUGUUGUUGUUUGGACCUCCAGGUACUGGCAAGACUUUGUGUGCUCGAGCUGUCGCCAACAGAACAGACGCAUGCUUUAUCAGAGUCAUAGGAUCUGAAUUGGUGCAAAAAUAUGUUGGAGAGGGAGCAAGAAUGGUUCGGGAACUGUUUGAGAUGGCAAGGAACAAGAAAGCCUGUAUUAUUUUCUUUGAUGAAAUUGAUGCCGUUGGAGGUGCAAGGUUUGAUGAUGGAGCUGGUGGUGAUAACGAAGUCCAGAGGACCAUGUUAGAGCUUAUCAACCAGCUGGAUGGGUUUGAUCCCCGUGGUAACAUCAAGGUUCUCAUGGCAACAAACAGACCAGACACCCUUGAUCCCGCCCUCAUGAGGCCAGGUCGUCUAGACAGAAAGAUUGAGUUUGGCUUACCAGAUUUAGAGGGUAGAGCACAUAUAUUCAAAAUCCAUGCUAGAUCAAUGAGUGUUGAGAAGGACAUCAGAUAUGAACUUCUUGCCAGAUUGUGUCCAAAUAGCACAGGUGCUGAGAUUCGCAGUGUUUGUACAGAAGCGGGAAUGUUCGCAAUCAGGGCUCGUAGAAAGAUGGCAACAGAAAAAGACUUUUUAGAGGCAGUUAACAAAGUUAUCAAAGCCUACGCCAAGUUCAGCUCCACUCCAAGAUACAUGACAUAUAACUGAGUAGACAGAAAAAAGACUCAACAAUUUGUGAUGAAAAUUGAUUUAGUUAUGUGUUAAAACGUUACAAUUUUUUCCUUCGCAAAAGAGUUGUCUAAAGAUACAAAAAAGCAUACAAUUAAAAUGCAAACAUUACUUCUUAAUAACAAAGAAAAGUAGGAAGACUUGCUACUGGGAAAUAUGAUAGUGAUAAAUAUUUUUGAGUUAUUCUUAGAGUGUUUCUAAAAGCUAUGGAUAAAAUAAAUUGAAAUUGUAUGAGAUCUGAAGAUGUUAAACUUAAUGGUGAGUUAGAUAUUCAGGAUUUUUUUCAUUUGAUGAAUGAAAUAAAGAAUCUGUAAGCA